CGCUCGCGGAGCGCGCCCGUUCGUUCUCCUCGAGGCGGGCAGAGGCAGCGCUCCGCUCCGCUCCGCCACGCGGGGGACGGCAGCGGCGGCGCCGGCAGCGCGGGAGCACUGCUCCGGCCGGGACCGUCCGCCGCCGCCACUUCGCGACCAGCCGCCGCCGCCCACUUGCCCAUACGUGGAUUCGCCUGCUGCUGCUGCCCCUUCCCAACGGGCCCGCGCCCCGGCGCUGGAAAUGAAGAGAGUUUGCACGCUGUCGCUCUGGCUCUGGAUCGGCAUCGUCUCGGAAGCAGACCUCACAAGUGGCUAUUCUAUGACCCCGCCCAUUCUCAGCAUCACAGAAGAGGAAUAUGUGAUCAAUGCCAAGGAUACAUUGAAUAUUACCUGCAGAGGACAGCAUCCCCUGGAGUGGUCGUGGCCUGGAGGCAAAGUAGACACUGUCCAGAUCGAAAAGGAGAGUGAUUCAGUGGUGUCGGUGAGUCUCAACGGUAUCCGCUCGGUCAAGGAAGAAGACUGUGAGGGCACUGACACAAAGCCCUACUGCAAGAUCUUGACACUGACAGGGACCCAGGCUAACGACACAGGCUACUAUCGCUGUUACUACAAGUAUAUCAAUGCCAAAAUUGAGGGCACCACUGCAGUCAGCACCUAUGUCUUUGUGAGAGAUUUUGAACAGCCAUUUAUCAAUAAACCAGAGACUCUUCUUAUCUACAAGAAGGAAAAUAUCGGCGUCCCAUGCCUGGUAUCCAUUCCAGACCUUAACAUCACAUUGCUCUCGACAACCUCUGCCAUCUAUCCAGAUGGGAAGAGCAUUUUCUGGGAUAACAAAAGAGGAAUGUUGGUUCCUACCCUACUGAUCAAGGACUCCCUAUUUGUUCAGUGUGAAACUGUCAUCGAUAAAAAACCCUUCAAAUCCAGUUUCUUCCUUGUCCAUAUUGCAGGAAAUGAACUUUAUGACAUUCAGCUGUUUCCAAGGAAAGCCAUGGAGCUAUUAGUGGGAGAAAAACUGGUUCUUAACUGCACAAUAUGGGCUGAGUUUAAUUCAGGAGUUGAUUUCCAGUGGGAUUACCCUGCAAAACAGAUGAAUCGGAAAGUCACAGAACUGCCAGAGAGGCGGUCCCAGCAGACACAUACUGAGCUCUCCAGCAUCCUGAUCAUCCAAAAUGUGAGCCAGCAAGACCUGGGAAAAUACACGUGCAAGGCCAGCAAUGGGGAGCAGGACUUGACGGAGAGCAUAGAUGUCAUCGUACAUGAGAAACCCUUCAUCAAUGUGGAGUGGAAAAAGGGUCCUGUGAUCGAAGCCACUGCAGGAGAUGAAGUGGUGAAGCUGCCAGUGAAAGUGGUUGCCUACCCACAGCCUGAGUUCCAGUGGUUUAAGGAUGGGAGGUUAAUCUCCAGCAGGCAAUCUCAAUAUUCUCUGCAGAUCAAGGACGUAGUGGAGCAGAAUGCUGGCUCUUACAAAUUGGUUCUGAGGAAUGGGCAGGCUGGACUGGAGAAGAGCAUCAGCCUCCAGCUGGUGGUCAACGUUCCUCCACAAAUCCAUGAGAAGGAAGCAUCUUCACCAAAUAUUUAUUCUCGUAAGAGCCGGCAACUGCUUACCUGCACUGUCUAUGGCAUUCCAGCACCAGAAAAAAUUCAGUGGCAGUGGAGGCCUUGGACACCCUGCCGGAUGUUCCCCCGGCACAGCCUUAGCAGGAGGAGGGCUGUAAGACGACAUCAGCGGGACCGGAUGCCUGAAUGUAAGGACUGGAAGGAUGUAUCACAGCUGGAUGCUGUGAAUCCCAUUGAGAGUAUUGACACCUGGACAGAGUUUGUGGAAGGAAGGAACAAGACGGUCAGCAAUAUGAUCAUCCAAGAAGCCAACGUUUCUGUCAUGUACAGGUGUGUAGCCUCCAACAAAGUGGGUCGUGAUGAACGGCUGAUCUAUUUCUAUGUUACUACCAUCCCAAAUGGGUUUGAAAUUGAGUCACAGCCUUCAGAAGAACCCAUUGAGGGUCAAGACCUCAGGCUAAGCUGCAAUGCUGAUAAUUAUACCUAUGAGAACCUACAGUGGUACCGGCUCAACCUCUCAACGCUGCAUGAUGAGGAGGGCAACCCACUGGUCCUGGAUUGCAAAAAUGUCCACCACUAUGCAACUAAGAUGCAAGGCGAGCUGCACUUCAAACCCAACUCCAAUUAUGCUGCUUUGACACUUACCAUCCCGAAUAUCUCACUAGAAGAUGAGGGAGACUAUGUGUGCGAGGUGCAAAACAGGGAGAACAGUGAGAAGCACUGCCACAAAAAAUACAUCUCUGUGCAUGCUCUUGAAGUCCCCAGGUUGAAGCAGAACCUGUCAAACAUCUUGGUGAAUGUGAGCGAUUCCAUAGAGAUGCGCUGCAAAGUGGAUGGCACAUAUAUUCCAAACAUCAAUUGGUACAAGGAUGAGAAACUUGUAGAAGAGGUCUCAGGGAUUGACCUGGCAGAUUCCAAUCAGAGGCUGAGUAUCCAAAGGGUGAGAGAAGAGGAUGCUGGCCUUUACCUGUGUAGUGUCUGCAAUGCCAAGGGCUGUGUGAACUCUUCUGCCAGUGUCUCUGUAGAAGGCUCAGAUGACAGGACCAAUGUGGAGAUUGUGAUUUUAAUUGGGACAGGUGUCAUUGCCAUCUUCUUCUGGAUUCUCUUGAUCCUCAUCUUCUGUAACAUUAAGAGGCCUGCACAUGCUGAUAUUAAAACUGGCUACCUUUCCAUUAUCAUGGACCCAGGUGAAGUUCCUUUGGAGGAGCAAUGCGAGUAUCUGCCAUACGACUCCAGCAAAUGGGAAUUCCCCCGGGAACGACUUCGACUAGGUAAAGUCCUGGGCCAUGGAGCCUUUGGAAAAGUGAUGGAAGCCUCCGCAUUUGGAAUUAAUAAGAGUAACAGCUGUGAGACGGUAGCAGUUAAGAUGCUCAAAGAGGGAGCUACUGCAAGUGAACACAAGGCUCUCAUGUCAGAGCUGAAGAUCCUCAUCCACAUUGGAAACCACCUGAAUGUGGUUAAUCUGCUGGGCGCCUGCACCAAACCUAAUGGUCCCCUCAUGGUUAUUGUUGAAUUCUGUAAAUAUGGAAACCUCUCCAAUUACUUGCGGACCAAACGGGAAGGAUUCAGCCCUUACAGGGAAAAAUCCCCAAGAUUGCGCAUCCAAGUCCGUUCCAUCGUGGAAGCUGUCAGAGCAGACAGGAGGAGCCGGUCUUGUACCAGUGACAGUGCAAUUCUUAAUAGACUCCUGAUGAACAAGAGCCAAACAGCGCCGCCGCCGCCGCCUCUUAUACAAGAGGUGGAUGAUUUGUGGCAAAGCCCACUGACAAUGGAAGACCUGAUUUGCUACAGUUUCCAAGUGGCCCGUGGCAUGGAGUUUCUCGCUUCCAGAAAGUGCAUCCAUAGAGAUUUGGCAGCUCGCAACAUCUUACUAUCGGAAAACAACGUGGUGAAGAUCUGUGACUUUGGUUUGGCCCGGGAUAUCUACAAAGAUCCUGACUAUGUCAGGAAGGGCAGUGCCCGCCUCCCACUAAAGUGGAUGGCCCCAGAAAGCAUCUUUGACAAAGUUUACACCACCCAGAGUGAUGUGUGGUCAUUUGGAGUCCUCCUUUGGGAAAUCUUCUCUCUAGGUGCCUCCCCAUACCCUGGAGUCCAAAUCAAUGAGGAAUUUUGCCAGAGACUGAAAGAUGGCACCAGGAUGAGAGCUCCAGAGUAUGCCACUGCAGAAAUUUACCGUAUAAUGCUGAGCUGCUGGUAUGGUGAUCCCAAGGAGAGACCAACAUUCUCUGACUUGGUGGAGAUCCUGGGGGACCUUCUUCAGGAGAAUGUUCAGCACGAGGGGAAGGACUAUAUCCCAUUGAAUGACUCUCAGAGCUCAGAAGAUGAUGGCUUCUCUCAGGUGGCUUCCUCCAUCCAGCAGAACUCUGACGAAGAGGAAUUUGACAUGAGGAUACACUGUCACAAUAUAGCGGCAAGAUACUACAACUGUGUGUCUUUCCCUGGGUGUUUGACUGGUGGGAAUCAGAUAAGGUGUCCAUCUAGAAUAAAGACGUUUGAAGAAUUUCCUAUGACACAAACCAUGUACAAGGCACAUCUGGAUAAUCAGACAGACAGUGGGAUGGUUCUGGCAUCUGAAGAGUUUGAGAGGAUAGAAAAUAGACACAGAAAAGAAGGUGCAUUCAGUAAAGGAUCCAGUCCAACCGCGGACUCGAUAGCUGAGCAGUCCGGUCUGAGGGGCAGAUGUCGACCAUCAUUCCCUUCCCAGCUCCGGGGCCAGACUUUUUACAACAGUGAAUAUGGGGAACUGUCAGAACAGUCCGAGGAAGGUAGCUGCACUCCUCCCACCGAGGGUGCCAGUCCCUCCCGCCUGCACGCAUCAUUCUUUUCAGACCAAUGCUGAAGGGGAGCAGGCCGUGGAGACACCCCACCAAGAGGCACCCCCCCUUUCUGCAGCAUCGCACCUGUUCAGUGGGGCCCGCAGCACCUCCGACCUGGAAGAAACCACAAUAGGGAGCCCCCGUGGAACAGAUGGCGAACUGGCGGCCUUGGAAGACGCGUGCCAAGCACUUUGAGGCAGGACGCCAUUCUCACAUUUGGCAUGAGCACAAAUUCUCAUCUCAUGCUGGCUGGUGUUGUGCUUUGUUUUGUUAGAUUUUGGAUGCAGUUCCAUGGGUGAAAUAGAAUGUUUCUGCCACCAGAUGGAUGUCUGUGUCGAUAGCUGCAGCCACCACCCAGAAUUCAGCUUCCAUCCCAGUCGUUCGCCAUAAUAAGCUUUGUUUCAGGUCAGAUAAAAAUAGAUGUGUCUUAGCUGAGUUUCUUCCUGAUAUGCAGCUCUGCUUCUGCUCUCAUUUCCACUCAACUAGCAGUGGAGGAAUAAAAGAACCCAGUGCAUGAAUUUGGGAAAAGGAAGAACUGCGUUAGUUCCAAACAUAGAUUGUCCUGCUUCACUUGACACAGGUAGUCCCGGUAAACACGUCAGCACAUAACUAUAUAUUACAGGCUUAAUUCUUGUACAGUCUUACAUAAUUUUUUUUUGUAGGCACAAAAAUAACCCCAGCCUUCUCUAGCUUUUACAGACAGUGCCAUUCACAUACCUGUGCAGACACCACUAGCUGCUGCUGUACAAAAGAGAAUCACUUAUUUGCAUUGUUAAGGAAUCUGGCAGUAACUAAUUCCAGGAGGGCAUGAAUUUGCUCCUCUCUCUGCUGAGAGGUAGAAGAGUAUGUAACAAUAGGAGGCAUGACUAACAAUGGAAAAUCAUUGACUUAAGCCCAUGUUUGUGGCCAGACUAAUCUUUUUUUCUUAUGUGAGAGGGACUGGCAUUUCCUAAUAAAAUAUAGUAUACUUUCCCUUAUAAUUUCUUUAUAGGCAAUCAUUUUUAGGGGAUAAAAAAAUUAGUAUCCUCCAUGAUUCCAUUGUGAAAUAUAGAAGUUUGUCCUUGUGGGAGUGGAUGUGUCACUAUUAUACCGAAGCAAAGAAAUAUACUUACAGGUCUUAAAAUCAUAGAAAAAAACAUGAUGACUGCAGAGAUGAUGUGAUAAUGCUCUAAACUCUGCUCCUUGGUCUCUGCUUCCCAGCCCCUACACACUUAUUUGCUGUUCCCCAGAUAUCAUAUAUUCCUGAUAGCAGAUUCCAAAUAUUCUGAAGUUAAAUUUUGCAGAUAUAUCUAAUUUGUGUUCUGGACAUAAAUAUACAUACUCGCCCCCUGCUCUAGACACAACCAAUCAAUCUUUCUGUUUCUAGUUGUAAACCACUGCAUUUAUGUUUUUCAUUUUGCUUUGUUUGUUUGCAUAAAUGGGGGAAUUAAUAUGGAUGGACUCGAUCUGAACCAUUGGUGUCAUUGCCCUCCAGUCCACCCUGCCUGCCUGUCUUUUCCUGCUCUAAUGCUGAUGGACACUGUCAGAGCAGCGCUUCACAAGAGCAUCUGUGAAGGUUUUAUGACAUGGCUUUGACUCGCCUUGUGAACUUCCCUUUGGAAACCUGUACUCUGGGGUGUCAGAAACUCUCGCUCUCCAUGGUGUCUCCACAUCAAAGGAUUUCUGCUUGCAGGCCAGGCUUCUGUUUAUAGAACUGAUUAUUUCAUUUUGGCUUAUUUUAUUUUUCAUAUCAGGCAUAUAUUUUUCCCAGAUUAUAUAUUUUUCCCACCAUAAGAGGACUUUAUGCAUUUAUACAUUUGUAUUUGUCAUUGUUCAUGCCUUUUCCAGAUUUGUUUGUACCUUGUGCAAAUACACACAAUGUCUUGCCUUUUUUAUUACAUCUCUUACCCAUAUGA